UCAUCUCGGUUAUUUUCAUUUUAGUUUAUAACAUUCUCUUUUUUGUUUAUGUUAAGUUUUUUUCUGCAAGAAAACGAUCCAACCAAUUGUUAAACUGAUUGCUAGUGAUAUUGAUUAGAUACCAUACGGUUCAUUUUCUUGCGAAAGUUGUACGAAUCUACAAAGGGCGUUGUUUUAUUGUUUAUAUGAAUUUAUACAUUACUUGUUAAAAAAGCGCCAAAAAUGAAGUUCGGGAAGGAAUUUACGAGCCAAAUGGUGCCGGAAUGGCAAGAAGCAUACAUGGACUAUAAUUUUCUGAAAACCAUUUUGAAAGAUAUCCAAAAUAUGAGACAGAAAAACAAGCCACCGCCAGCAGCGAUGGGGCUUAAUCGGAGGCCAACCCUUUACAGAGCCUUUAGUGGUCUGAUGAACAGACAGUUCAGCACGCGCCGGUACUCGCCAACGUCGAGCACCAUCCCGGGAAACGACAUUGAAAGUCAAGCCAUUCUGGUUAACUCAACCAGAGAAGAUGGCUCCCAUGGUUACCAUACAACGUUUCUCAUGGCAUCAGAGGAAGGAGGAGAGUACGAGCUGGUAUACUUCCGGAGGCUGGACGAGGAGUUUAACAAGGUGGACAAGUUUUAUAAGUCUAAAGUGGAGGAGGUGAUGAAGGAAGCUUCUAUGCUCAACAAGCAAAUGGAUGCUUUGAUCGCUUUUCGAAUUAAAGUUGAGAAUCCCCCCGGCGUGUUCGACAGAUCUGUGGAGAUGACUCGUCUGGCUUCUGAUAUUGCUUCUUCGGCUGCAGUUUUGGCAGCCACCACUCCUAGAAACAUUCGAGCUAGUAGAAAAGUUAAUGUCAUGGAUGCAAUCGAAGAGGCAGGAUCAAACAACCUUCAGGAGCCUUCUGAAGAAAAUAGUGGAGACGAUGAAAAAGAUGAGAAAGAGAAGAGGAGUGCAAACAUUGUGAACCAAAGAGUUGAAGCUCAGACACCAAGGAAUGUUAGGAGAACUAGACCAGCUCCGUUGGAAAUUCUAGAUCAUGUGACAAUGAAUCAAACGCAGGAGACUCCUCGUUCCACCAUUAAAGGCGUUCUCAAGGUUCCUAAGCAGACAGAGCUGACCUUCAACAGGGAAAAUCUUAGAAAAGUUGAAGAACAACUUAAGAAAGCUUUCGUUGAGUUUUACCAGAAGCUUAGACUUCUAAAGAGUUUUAGCUUCUUGAAUACCUUGGCAUUCUCAAAGAUCAUGAAGAAGUAUGAUAAGAUUACUUCAAGAGAUGCAUCAAAAUCUUACAUGAAAACGGUGGACCAGUCAUACCUUGGCAGUUCUGAUGAGGUUACCAAGCUUAUGGAGAGGGUAGAAGCUACAUAUAUCAAGCAUUUCUCCAAUGCAAACCGCAGUAAAGGGAUGUCCAUCUUAAGGCCAAAAGCGAAAAGAGAAACGCACAGAAUAUCAUUUACGACUGGUUUCUUUUUUGGCUGCACAGUUGCUCUCAUAUUAGCCCUUAUUUUGAUCAUUCGUACUCGAAAAAUCAUGGACCAGCCAGGGAGAGCUCAGUACAUGGAAAUCAUGUUUCCCUUAUACAUGUUCUUUGCGUUUAUUGUGUUGCACAUGGUUAUGUAUGCUGCGAAUGUGUUCUUUUGGAGGAAAUACAGAGUUAACUACCCCUUCAUUUUUGGGUUCAAACCAGGAACAGAAUUAGGCUACAGAGAUGUUAUGCUUCCAGCCUUCGUUUUAUCUGCUUUAGCACUCGGCUGUGUUCUUUCAAAUCUUGACAUGCAAAUGGACCCAAGAACUCUAGAUUACAAAGCUCUAACUGAGCUUCUCCCACUUCUGUUGCUUGUGGUUGUUACUGUGAUUAUGAUAUGCCCUUUGAACAUUGUCUAUCGCUCAAGUCGAUACUUUUUCCUCACCUGCUUGUUCCACGGACUCCUUGCUCCUCUCUACAAGGUAACACUCCCAGAUUUCUUCUUGGCUGAUCAGUUAACGAGCCAAGUUCAAGCUUUGAGAAGUAUCCAAUUUUACAUUUGCUACUACGGUUGGGGUGACUACAAACACAGAGAAACAACUUGCAAAGACAACAGUGUAUACAAAAUUUUUCUUUUUCUUGUUGCUGCUGUCCCAUACAUGUCUCGCCUGCUUCAGUGCCUUCGUCGUUUGUACGAAGAGAAGGACCCAAUGCAAGGUUACAAUGGUAUUAAAUACUUCUUGACAAUCGUGGCUGUAAGUGUCAGAACAGCUCUUAGUCUCAACCAGGCAUCUGUUAGUUGGAAAGUUGCUGCUUGGGUAUUCUCAGUCUUGGCGGCCAUUGUUUCAACUUACUGGGACUUGGUCUUCGACUGGGGCCUUCUUCAGCGUAACUCUAAGAAUCGAUGGUUGAGAGACAAGCUUUUGGUCCCACACAACAGUGUAUAUUUUGUAGCUAUUGGCAUGAAUGUCUUGCUUAGAUUUGCUUGGCUGCAAACUGUGCUCAAUUUCAAAGUCAAUUUCUUGCAUAGACAAACCUUAAUAGCCAUUGUUGCUUUGCUGGAGAUCGUCCGUCGUGGCAUUUGGAAUUUCUUUAGGUUGGAGAAUGAGCAUUUGAACAACGUGGGCAAGUACAGGGCAUUCAAAUCUGUACCAUUACCAUUCAACUAUGAUGAAGACGAGGACAAAGAUGAGUAGAGCGUUCCACAAGUCCGGCAAGGAUCGAGACUAACGCAAUUCAAAUCAUCUACUUGUCUGCGACUACAAAUGGGGCCUCAAGAUUUUGUCUACACUUUCCAUUGUACCAUUCCAAUGUAUUUCUUUUAGACUGGAGUCCAACUCCGAUUAUCCAACUACUAUUCUUUCAUUAUUUUUCCCACCUGUCCUUAGUUAGGAAAUUUCAAAUUCUUGAAUUUACAUUACACUCUUUAUUGGAAAAAAAAAAAAAAAAAGGGUUCCAUUAAACUCA